AUGCCGGGUGUUCCCUCAGGACGAGGGUGCGAUGCAUGUCGCCAGCAAAAGAAAAAGUGUGAUUCUACCACCUACCCGUGUGCUCGAUGCCGACGCCUGGAAAUCCCCUGUGUCGGCCUUGGCCAGCGCCGGUACAAGUUCGUGGCUGAUAACAGAGCCUCCACCCCGACGGGCAGUUCUUCUUUCCAAUCCCCGGAAGCUGGAGCUGGGUCUGUUGCGUAUAGUCCUCCGACUUUCGAUACAGUCGCAGUGUCUCGCCCCCCAUCCAACGAUACGACUCGGCUCGCGAACGCUUUUGCGGACAAAAUAAAACCCAACGUCGGCGUCCAGUAUAACCUGGCCUGGACGUACGGAGACUACCUCAACUAUGUUCCCGCUCGCCUCGGCACGAACGAGGCCCUGGAUAGUGCCACAGACGCCUUUUUGAUGGCCGUGGCGACCUUAUCAGACCCUCUCGGCGUCACAAGCAGGCCGGUCCUAUUGGAGAAGUAUGGGCGAGCCCUGGCAAGCCUGAGAAAGUGUCUGGACGACUCGGUCAAGGCGAGAGCCCCGGAGACGUUGUGUGCUAUUCUGUUCCUGUGGAAUUGUCAGUUCAUAUGGCAACGGAAUGGACCUAUCACCACGCACGCGGAUGGAGUUGCCCAGAUCCUCAGAUUGAGAGGCAGUAUCCACCAGUGUCGGGAUCCGUUUGAAACCAACUUACUCCUCAGUCUUCGUGCCGUUGUGCUCUUUGACUCCCUCUUUAAUGGCCGAAUUGCUUUCAGCGACCAAGAGUGGAUCGCCAUGUUCGACAGCCAGCUGUAUGAACUGAGUCCUGAAGGCCAGGCAGUGCAAUGCUUAACCCGUAUCCCGAAUCUGAUGCGGCGGAGCAAGGCUGCACUGACCGGAGGCCUAGCUUAUCAUGACCAGCUUGCAGAUUUGCAGAGGGAGGCACAUGCGCUUCGGGCGAAUCUGCAGCCCGCACUCUCCCGCGUCCGUCAGCGAUGGCAGAAAAACUCCGUAGCCACGGACAUUGCCGUCGUAGGAAUGCCUCACUUGACGAGCCUGGGGCAUUGUCACUUCCUACGGACAUACAGCCUCGGUCUGGCCAUCGCGAUUUUCAUCAACGAGUUACGGCUUGCCUUGUGCUUGAACGCGGCUGAGAUUUUGCAGGAGUCGCACGAAUUUGCCCUCGAAAUCCUCCACCUGGCGCGGAUCGCCUCUCAAUACCGACCACUUGGGGCGUCUGCUCUGAGCAUAUGCCUUCUCGCCGCCGAGGCUGGGUCUGCCGAACCCGAGAUCAAAUCCGCUGCGAGGAGCCUGCGUGCCGAGUACGCCAGUGAUUUUCAUGGGGCUCAAGACGCUGAAGGGUCCCAGGGUCUGCAGUUGAUCUGUGGGCGUGAGUGGUCUCGAUUGAUAGUUCGGGAGACUAUGUAA